AUGCCGCCAGCGCUCUAUCUGACCUCCUGCAGGAUCAACGUCGAAUUCUUCCCGUAUGACGAGCAAGAAUGCUCUAUGCGGUUUGGCUCCUGGACAUACGACGGCAGCAAAGGUGGGUUUAUACUGCCUUCAAGCAACCAAUCGGCUCGUAAAAUAGAGGUGUAUGUACUUUACAUAUUCAAUUUCGGCAAGCUUUUGAAUCCAAUGUCAAAACUUGGAGGACGCAAUCUACCCUACUAAAUGUCCCUUGCUGACUUAAUUUAUCUUAAUACGGGAUUUGAUGCAUAUCAACAUGGGUAAGAUGUGGCUAUGCAGCCGCACCUGGUGGACAUAAUACUGUCAAGGUAAGGUUAGGGGGUUGUAUUUAGGGGUUAGGUUUAGCGGUUAGGGUAUCGGAUUAGGGCAACUAUUUCUCAACCACUCAAAGUACAACCGCGCGUUCACAAUAGCUUUUUUUGCGUUCACUUGACCUCGUCGCCUGUGCGUUCCCCGGCCCCACCUAUAAAAACCCCUACAAUCACCAAUCACGCAUUACAGGUGGCUGGGGUUUGUUUACCUCAGGUACGGCUGCAUAACUACACCUGUCCAUCACAUAUAUGCCUCGAUCCAUAAGUUUCAACUACGAUGAAAUAGCACAUACUUAUUCUGAUAUUAGUUUGCAAGCUAAAUCCAGUGGUGGUGGUCUUUUCUCAGGCAUAUACCGUAGUUUUCCCUUUUCUCUACAAGUAACGUCCGCCCAUUACAUGCAGUCAUGCACUUGACAUUUUUCUUGCUUUUGCAAGUAUUGUCAUAAUCUACUAUCUCAGGUUUACGUCUGCCUUUCAUUUUGUGAUUUACUUGCAAAACAUUGGUAGAAACAUUGUUCGGGUCCCCUGGGUGGACAGAAUUGAGUUACUUUUCUGUUUCAAAGCUACCUCAGAUUCGUGCACAGAAUGGACAAGCUGAGCUAUUCCCAAGAAAGUGAUAAUCUCGCAGUAUUUCGUGUUAUUAUUUAAAAGUCAGUCCAGUUUCCGUUUUUUCUUGUGGUCACGAGAGCACAGUGAAACGUUUGGCCACUUACUCAGGAUACAAUCUAACCGAUCAAACAGCGGCGAUCUCAGUUUUGCAUGGCUCAUAGUUUGUGAAGUAUUACUGUUUAGCAUCCUUAGGAAUGUGUCGAAGACGAGAAGGCGGCUUUUAUCAUAUAUGACCGUCAAAAUAGCGUAGACCACCCAUAGUGUACCGCACAAUAUUCUGGCACUAGUCUUAUAAGUAGGUAUUUUACAGUCCAUAUUAGUGAUGACUGGCAAAUGAAACAGGAUGAAACAAGUCUGCUUCGUAAUGACUCACUGAAGCCCUUCUCUUCAAAUAAGAGUCGUCCUUUCUUUAGGAAGACGUGUCAGUCCGUUUAGGGUGAUGAAUGACAUAACGAUGGUGCUGUAGAUUUUGUUUUUGAUGAUAAUGACAACGCGACCGCUAAUGCAAACGACUGCUUGAACGGUAUUUUCUACUUGACGGCUUAUGUGGAUAGCCAAGUACAUGCAUUUGCCCCUCUCCGCAGUUCCACAUUAGGGUUUGAACCGUCAGAUCUUCUGACUCGACUGUAAACUGCCCCCAUAAUCUCCUGCUUCCUGCCAACUUCGUGGCGAUAGCCCCACAAACACACCGCUUAGAGUCUGAAAGGACAAUAACCAGGGCGAUGUUAGUGAAAAGAAGAGCUGGGCAGAUUGCUGGAAGUACGACCAUGUGCAGUUUUUUGCUUUUAGGCAAGAAAUAUGGAUGACAGGAGGGUGGUGCAUUUACAGCACAUGAGCUACUUUCAAUAACGUCUGCACGAACGAACAACAAAAAAGCAUCAUGGCUGUCAUUUCCGCUUGCCCUUGUCUUCUUCAGACACAUAGAUCCAUUUGCAAACAUUGAGAGGCCUAAUGAGCAGUACUGUGUACCUACCAGUGAAAGUAGUUUCAAGAUGCUUUUCGUGUAAAGUAGUCCUAAUGGGAUUUUAGACGGUGGACUGUUUGAGUAUCCCAACUUCUGAACGAAACGCUUCUCCAGAGGCAGAAUAUGCUUCGGAGUUUCAUUCUCGAUCACCCUGGUGCACCUGCUUCGAAUGCAGUUGGCUAUAUUUAUCUGUAAGAUAUCUUGCGUCCACUUCGUAAAGAACACGUUUACCAGUGAACAAGGACGGCUAACAAAGUCGGAGGUGUUCAUGUUACCCAUCUCUGCCUACUUUACCGUUAGCGGCCAGUUUAAAGCAAUCCCAGGUCAUGUAACCUCACAUAUGACCCUCCGGAAAAUUGGUCGUCGGAUAUUUUCAGUGGGACGCCUUAGGAUUCGAGCCGCCGACUAAUACCCUUUCGGCUGCUGAUAUUUCGAAGAAUUGCCAUUUGGCGUUAGGAAACCGCUCGCCGGAAAGUAAAUUGACCACGCACCUUUUCCUAGUAAGUUCGUGCUUUGUAAGCUGAUUUACGGAAACUAAGUCAAGUGCAGUUGGCAGAUAAGGCGAGCGAGAUUACGAUGGAUGAUUUCAUUCCAUUUUUGAUACAACGUCUCAUUACUUGCUUUUUUCGAAACGGAAACAUCCUCCCAACGGCGGCAGCUAAAUCCUAACUGGUAGACAAUUUGUCUUGUUUGUCGCACUUUGAGCAGAUCUUUUAAUGACACUGAGAAGUCUACAGCCUAUCAACGACUGUAACUAUGCAGUCAGGGCCAUUCCUUUGCGUCUAUCGAAUUAAGAUCAGCAGGUGAUGAUGACCCGGAUCUUUCGGGUGAGGGUUUUGGUUGAUCCUUGUAACUUUUACAAAAUCUUAACAAUAACCAUGCUUUUACAACUUUUUCCUCAUCAGCCCAAUUUCUGACAAAGUCAAAUCUUACUAGGCUCGCAACCGAGUCAGUCUAAAGCCAAGUGCCCAAUAAUUAAGCUAAUAUGAACAAACAUAUGGGGUUUUACAAUCUGAAUAAGCGGACAAAGCCUACAUUUGUUGAUUACUCACCUCUUUUGGUCGAAUAAAGCAGCUCUCGUCUUAAAAUAUUUUGGCCGAAAAUGAAAACUGAAUCCUGUUCGUGGCUCCUGUUGCAAAGUUCAGCUUAAUCAGUCCAAACUGGAUGCUUGAAGCAAGUCCUUUACAACUAGUACAUCCAUUACCUUAAAAAGAGUCACUGAAUUCUUUAGUGCGUUACUCAUUCCGCAUACACAAACUAACUCAAUCUUCAACUAGUUGAACUUCGUCAUCAUCUGCAAAAGUACGUGCCGGAAAUGACGCGUCCCAUCUACAUUGACUAUGCUGCCGACCUCUACGAAUUCAACAGUACCAUCGAGUUCGAGGUGCUUUCUAUGAGUGCCAAAUGCCAGGAACGUUACUACAAGUACUCGCACCACGCCUAUCCCGAAGUGACCUUCUACUUGCGCAUGCGAAGACGCACCAUCUUCUACACUUUCAAUCUCAUGAUGCCAUGUGUGGCCAUCACAGCCCUCAUGCUACUCACCUUCUACCUGCCACCCGAGAGCAGGGAGAAAAUUUCCCUCUCCAUCAACGUCUUCAUAUCCCUCACCCUCUUCUUCCUCCUCAUCUCGGAAACAAUCCCGCCUACCAGCCUGGCGGUACCGUUACUUGGCAAAUACCUACUCUUUACCAUCAUCCUCAUCACCUCUUCCAUCGUGUCCACAGUCAUGGUUCUCAGCCUGCACUUUCGAUCCGCUAAGACGCACGUCAUCUCGACCUUCACAAAGACAGUCUUCUUAGAGUUUUUACCCAGACUGAUGCGGCUCAAUCCGCCAAGAAGUGGAGACCAUGGAAACAAGGUAUGUUCGGACCGUCGGUCCUAA